AAGGGGCUUGUUGAAUCUUUGAAUAAAUACAAUAAUAGUUUAAGAAAAAGUUUACCAUGGCCGACGAAAGCAUAACUCGAAUGAAUUUGUCAGCCAUCAAGAAAAUAGAUCCAUACGCAAAGGAAAUUGUGGACUCUUCAUCACACGUUGCAUUUUACACGUUUAAUUCGGAACAAAAUGAAUGGGAAAAAACGGAUGUGGAAGGCGCUUUCUUUAUUUACCAUCGAAACGCCGAGCCAUAUCACAGCAUAUUCAUUAACAAUCGACUCAAUACGACCUCGUUUGUGGAGCCAAUAACCGGCAGUCUGGAAUUACAAUCGCAGCCCCCAUUUCUGCUCUAUCGCAACGAACGUUCGCGCAUUCGCGGCUUCUGGUUCUACAAUAGUGAGGAAUGCGAUCGUAUUAGCAGCCUGGUCAAUGGGUUAUUGCAGAACAAGGCGAUUAAUGGACAGCAACCCCACACCCUGCUGCCCUUCUCAAAGCCGAGCAAUCUAAGUAUAUACAACAUGCUCAGCCAGGCGCAAAAGGAAUACAAUGCCCAGGCGAAUUGUCAGCCGCAAUCUGGAGUGACAGCCGCCGCUUUAAAUCAAUCCGAAAACGUGACUUCCCAUAAUGUGCUUAAGUUCUUUGAGUCGGCCAAGCAGGCAACGGUCGAGGCACAUUUGAAUCGACCGACGCCACUGUCCGUGGAUGAGUUGGAGAAACAGCAGCGCUCGGUGACGCCCAAUGAGGCGCCUCCAAUCAAUAACCAAUCCACUAAUCGAGAUGGCGACUGUCCACUGUCACCAUUCCUGAAAGCAUCAACAUCGUCAUCGUCUCGGCAUCCGGAUAAACCCAUUUCACUCUUAACCGAAAUGAAGUUUGAGCAGCAUGUUGACGAAUCGCCUUCGGCAUCAGCUUUGUUCGCAAGCGACGAAGCCGAACAGUGUCUUAGAAGAUUGUUGGUUGGUAAUCGACCGGAGGCGAGACCGGCGCUUAUGCCGCCCACAAUGUUUGAUGUGGUCCCGAAAGUCAAACAGGAAUCGGUAUCGGAAUCGGAGAAACCACUUAAUUGUGCCCAAUUUGUGCAGGCCUUCACUUACCUGAUUAAAAACGAUAAGGAAUUUGUUAACAAGUUGCAUAAAGCCUAUAUCAAUGGCUGCACUGAUUCGUUGAUUGACUCAAAUAUGACAUAUCAAUAAAUUACACAAAUACAUCUAUUUUGUCGAACAAUAGUAAAAAAAAAACCCGUCUCUUUCUAAUUAAAAUUAAAUCCAAGUGUCAGUAGCUAGGAAAGCGGCAAAUUAUAGAACCUUUAUCGAUUAUUCUUUUAGUUAUGAAAUAGUUCGUACAAAAGUAAAUAUGCUUCUAAUUUAAGAAGUUGAUCAUUUAUAUUCCAUCUUAUCUUAUCAUCGAUAAUCUGCAACAUCAUU